AUGUCGUAUUUCAAUGAUAGGAAUAAAGAUGAUAAUAGAAUGAACAACACGAAUGGUAAUCAUACAAGUCCAUUUUCCGAACCAGAAAACCUUAUAGAUUUGGAUUUGGAUACUAGAAACAGCUACAAUACAAACGUUGAGAAUAGUCCUUAUAGUCACGUAACGUCUCAGCAACAACAUGCUCAGCCUGGUAAUCCUUUCGAAGACAACUUCAUCAUAUCAGAUGACGAAAUAGAAGGAGAUGAUACGUUUGAAUCACUAGGACAUGGUUCAAGUAGUCAGCGUAAGGUCCCAUUAUUGAGUACGGCCAAUGAUAAACCACAACAAAGGUCGGGAUUAUUUGGUGGAUUACUUCCAAAUAGGAAUGACGAAUACGUGGGAAUGGAAAAUGAGCCGGAAGAAAGACAAUUUAAAGAUAAUAACUUGAAUGAUGGACUGUCAGAUUUUGAUAUCCGCAAGAUUUAUCGUAAGACAAAGGCUAAAUUUUCUCGAUCUAAUGCUGGAGCCGAAGAUACAACUGCGAUUCAUAAGGGACCAAGACAAGUAUACAUCAUGAACCAUACCUUAAAUUCUUCAUAUGGAUACUAUGGGAACCACAUAUCUACAACAAAAUAUAAUUUUGCCACAUUUAUACCAAAGUUUUUAUUUGAACAGUUUAGUAAGUAUGCUAAUUUGUUUUUCCUCUUCACAUCUAUUAUUCAACAGGUUCCAAAUGUAUCACCAACAAACAGAUAUACCACUAUUGGUACAUUAACAAUCGUUUUAUUAGUCUCAGCUAUUAAAGAAAUCAUGGAAGAUUUGAAAAGAGCUGGUGCAGAUAAAGAACUAAAUAAUACAAAGGUUUUGGUCUUAGAUCCAAACUCGGGUGCCUUCAAUUCUAAGAAAUGGAUUCAAGUCAAGGUAGGUGAUGUAGUAAAGGUUAAUAAUGAGGAACCAUUUCCAGCAGAUUUAUUGUUGGUUAGUUCUUCAGAACCGGAAGGUUUGUGUUAUAUUGAAACUGCCAAUCUCGAUGGUGAAACAAAUUUGAAGAUUAAACAAGCCAAGUCUGAGACAUCGUACUUAGUAAAUCCUAGAGAUUUAGUGAGUGAUUUAUCAAGAUCAGAAAUAUUGUCUGAACAACCGAACUCUUCAUUAUAUACCUACGAAGGAAAUUUGAAAAAUUUUGCCUCAGUAGGUGAUAUCCCGUUAAGUCCAGAUCAAUUAUUAUUAAGAGGUGCUACUUUAAGAAAUACUCAAUGGAUUCACGGAGUUGUAGUAUUUACUGGCCAUGAAACUAAGUUGAUGCGUAAUGCUACAGCAGCUCCAAUUAAGAGCACAGACGUUGAAAGAAUUAUCAAUUUGCAGAUUAUUGCCUUAUUUUCUAUAUUGAUCUUUUUGUCAUUUGUGUCGUCCAUUGGAAAUGUAAUUAAAAUUAGUGUGGAUAGUAAAGAGUUGGGUUAUUUGAUGCUUGGUGGCACUAAUAAGGCUUCGUUGUUUUUUAAAAAUCUCUUAACUUACUGCAUUUUGUUUUCUAAUUUGGUCCCUAUAUCUAUGUUUGUUACAGUAGAAAUUAUAAAAUUCUACCAAGCAUAUAUGAUAGGUAGUGAUCUUGAUAUGUAUUAUGCUGAAACUGAUACCCCUACGGGUGUAAGAACAUCAUCAUUGGUAGAAGAAUUAGGUCAAAUUGAUUACAUAUUUAGUGAUAAAACAGGAACAUUAACCAGAAACAUUAUGGAAUUUAAAUGCUGCUCAAUAGGUGGUAAAUGCUAUACAGAGGAAAUUACAGAAGAUAAUCAAGUACAAUCACACGAUGGCAUUGAAGUUGGUUAUUACAGUUUCGAUAACUUGCAUGAGCAUUUGAAAGAUACUUCCCUGCAGCAAUCAGCCAUAAUCAAUGAGUUUUUUACGUUAUUGAGUGCCUGUCAUACUGUUAUUCCAGAAACAAAUGACGUAGAUGACACUAUCAAAUAUCAAGCUGCAUCCCCUGAUGAAGGUGCAUUAGUACAAGGAGCUGCUGACUUGGGUUAUAAGUUCACGAUUCGUAAGCCUAAGGGUAUAUCAAUUAGAAAUACUUUAACCGGAGUUGAUUCUGAGUAUGAGUUGUUAAAUAUUUGCGAAUUUAACUCAACUCGGAAGAGGAUGUCUGCGAUUUUCAGGUGUCCGGAUGGCGUUAUUCGUUUAUUUUGUAAAGGAGCUGAUACUGUUAUUUUAGAAAGAUUAUCAGAUGAUGGCCGUCCAUUCGUCGAUGCUACCUUGGCUCACUUAGAAAGUUUUGCAGCUGAAGGCUUAAGAACGUUAUGUAUUGCCUCAAAAAUUAUAUCAGAAGAGCAAUAUAAAUCUUGGUCUACUAGAUAUUACGAGGCUUCAACCUCCUUAGAGAAUAGGUCUGAGAAAUUGGAUGAUAUUGCGGAAGUAAUUGAAAAUGACUUAUUUUUGUUGGGUGCAACAGCCAUUGAAGAUAAACUACAAGAUGGCGUCCCUGAAACAAUUCACACAUUACAGAGUGCAGGUAUUAAAAUUUGGGUUCUUACAGGUGAUAGACAGGAAACUGCUAUUAACAUUGGUAUGUCCUGCAAAUUGUUAAGUGAAGAUAUGAAUUUAUUAAUAAUCAAUGAAGAAACCAAAAAUGACACUAAAUUAAAUUUACAAGAAAAGAUAUCAGCUAUUCAGGAACAUCAAUAUGAUAUGGAAGAUGAUACUUUGGAAUCUUCGUUAGCUUUAGUUAUCGAUGGACAUUCCUUAACAUAUGCUUUGGAGCCUGAAUUAGAAGAUAUGUUUAUUCAAUUAGGUUCUCUCUGUAAGGCAGUUAUCUGUUGUCGUGUCUCACCAUUGCAGAAGGCACUUGUUGUAAAAAUGGUUAAAAGAAAGAAGAAAGAUUCUUUGCUCCUAGCCAUCGGUGAUGGUGCUAAUGAUGUAUCAAUGAUUCAAGCUGCUCACGUUGGUGUGGGUAUUAGUGGUCAAGAAGGUAUGCAAGCAGCCAGAAGUGCAGAUGUUUCUAUUGGACAAUUCAAGUACUUGAAAAAAUUAUUAUUAGUUCACGGUGCUUGGUCCUAUCAACGUAUUUCGAAUGCAAUUCUUUAUUCCUUCUACAAGAAUGUUACUCUAUACAUGACUCAGUUUUGGUUCGUUUUUGCGAACUGUUUUUCAGGUCAAUCAAUCAUUGAAUCGUGGACUUUAACUUUCUAUAAUGUCUUUUUCACUGUAUUUCCACCAUUUGUAAUGGGUGUUUUUGAUCAGUUUGUUAAUGCAAGAUUAUUGGAUCGUUACCCUCAAUUAUAUCAAUUAGGACAGAAAAAAAAAUUCUUCAACGUAUCAAUCUUCUGGGGUUGGAUUGCUAACGGAUUCUAUCACUCAGCUAUUAUAUUCUUGUGUUCAAUAUUUAUUUAUCAACACGGUGAUCAAUUGAGCAAUGGAUUGGUUGCCAAUAAUUGGACCUGGGGGACAGCUGUUUUUACCACAUGUACUUUGACUGCAUUAGGGAAAGCUGCGUUGGUUGUCACCAUGUGGACUAAGUAUACUUUACUUGCAAUCCCUGGAUCUUUCCUUUUAUGGAUAGGCAUUUUCCCAGCAUACGCGACUGUCGCUCCUAUGAUUAAUGUUUCUCAAGAAUACCGUGGUGUGUUGAAAGCGACAUAUCCAUCCCUUACCUUUUGGAGUAUGGUUUUUGGCGUUUCAGUAUUAUGCCUUCUUAGAGAUUUUGCGUGGAAAUUUUUCAAAAGAAGCUAUAGCCCUGAAAGUUACCACUAUGUUCAAGAAAUACAAAAAUACAACAUUCAAGAUUAUAGACCAAGGAUGGAACAGUUUCAAAAGGCUAUUAGAAAGGUGAGACAAGUUCAAAGAAUAAAGAAACAGAGAGGUUUUGCAUUUUCUCAAGUUGACAACCAGAAUCAAGAAAAAAUUGUUAGAUUAUAUGAUACAACCAAAAAGAGAGGUGUUUUUGGUGAAUUAUCAGAAGGUAACUAA